AUGGCUUUCAACAGCCAUACCCUCGACCUCCCUUUAGGGUCACCUCGCUCUCCGAUGAGUGAUUUCGUAGCUCCCCGUUCACCUACAAUCCCCGAUCAGCAAAGUCCCCGAGUGAACGAUGGUCCCCUUCCACUACCAUCCUUCGUUUUCCCAGCCCGGGCAUCGCCUGCUUCAGCGCCUACAUCUUUCUCGCGAGCAACGGGCCGGCGGCCCGUAUCUGCCAUUGAAUUGGUUAGUCCGAGGACAGAAGAGAAAACAGUAGAAGAUGAGAACAGACCCACAACAGCAGAACUUCCUCCCUUCUCCUUCGGCUCUGGGGGUCAAACCCCACCUGCCUCACCAAGAAACAUCCCAGGACGAUCUGGAGUUCACAAGAGAGGUACUAGUGAGUUCAUAGGAGGCGAUGGCUCGACUGGCAAAGGAAUGGGCUUGAUGUCGACUUCACCAACCAAAGGAGACGGUGUACUCCCCCCACCCACUGGCUUUGCACCCCCCAGCGGAAGACGAGGACAUAAACACGUUCGAUCUGCGGCCAUUUCACAACACGAUCUUUCUAUGAUUAUCAAACCCUCGACUAGCCCAAACAAUGCUCCUCGAGGCAGUUCAGCCCCAUGCUCACCAUCUAUUGAACGCAACGUGCAACAAGUUCAGGCAGAUCUCCCUACGUUCCCGGAUUCUAGCCCAGCUUCGCCCAUGGAAAGCAGUAGCCUGCCCAAUGCACCGACGAGGUCUCUCAACCGUGCUAGAGUGGGUUUCUCAGAUAACGUGGAGUUCAUUCCUCGCCCGCUAUCCUUGGUCUCGUCCGACAGCUCAUCGACAGUCACAAUGAAACAGGGUCAUUCGGUAUCAAAUAGCAUUUCUUCUAUCAUCUCCGCUGGAACGUCUUCACCACCUUCGAAGGAGAACCGUGGAAUAUCGCCCCCUAAGAGAAUAAGUGACGCCCGACCACGAACUGCGGAACCGAUCUUGUCCCAUUCCACCGCACAAACAUCCGAUGAACCAAUGAGACGAAAUUCGAUACCAUUGCUUUUAGAGGCAGCUAUAGCUAGUACGUCAACCGCUCCAUCUACCCCAAGAUCUGCGAAGAAAUGGACCUUCUUUAGCCACGAUACAUCAUCUGGUGAAUGUUCACCACGGUCUCGUCCGACGAGUGCUGGAUCCGGACCCAAAGAGACCGAGCCUGUACUAUCCGAACCUCCAUUUGGUCAAUUUGUACCAUCAUCAGAUGCACCGAUUCGGUCUAUGGAAUCGCCAAUGAGACGUAGAUCCUCCUCUCUAUCUAGGAAGCCAACCAAGAAGCAGAAGAAGGUUCGAAAUUGGGCUGGCUCCAUAUUGUCUCGUAAAACUCGUCAACGAAGCCAGAAACAAAAACUGAGUCGUAGAUCGCCUACGCCACCAAACAGAUCAUAUACGCCAGUAGAUGAUACUUCUGCAGCGCCAGCUUUUGCCCCCAAUGAACCAGCGCAUCCGUCUCCAAAACCUGAUCAGGAUAUCGCAUCUUGGAAGCCCAGAAAGGUCCGUUCUCAGGAGGAUGAUUUGAUGAGCAACCCAAUGAUAGAUCUAGAUGCUGCUCUCGGUCCUUUCAAUACACCAUCUUCAUUUGGUGAUGAAUGGGAGUCUUCGCAAAGAGGCUAUGGCACAAAGAAGAGAGCUAUGCAUAGCGCGGCUGGCCUCGGAGGAUUCGCCGGGCCGGGAAUGCAUUAUCACAGACGUGCGGAGAGUGCACCAGAGUUUGAGAAUCCUAGGUUCGGUCUACAUCGCCUUGGAAGCAGCUCGACAAUGGGCAUGGAAGAUGUUUUUGAAGAGGAGGAAGAAGAUGAGUGGGAGGAUAGCAAAACAUCGUCAGAUAAAGAGGAUUCAAUCCAGAUAGUCAAGGGCACGAACAACAGUUUGGGUAUUGACAUUAGGGUUGAAGAUGCAGAAGAUUCAACUUACGACACUGAGAUGGAUUAUCAAGACGGCGGAAGCAUUAUCAGGGGAGUCAAGAGAAAGGGCAGCAGUUUGAGUGAGGGAGAUCGCCGGACUGUGGGUAGCAAUGCCAAGUCAGAGCACUCAGCUACAUCACUUAUCGAUGAGCCAAUUCAGGAAGAGUCGAGUAGCCCGGUCGAAAUACUUGAUGAUUCAAGCUCUUCAAGAUCAGAUUCAAGAGCUCAAUCUUCGGACUCAACUGCAACUCCCCCUUUCCGUCCACGCCCCGAGAAAGCGUUAACACCUGUUGAUAUCCAGCCUUUCGCACCCCAACCGCCUUACAUCACUCCCGGCAGCCCUCCUUCAACAACCCAGUCAUCUUUCCCGUCCCCUCGCUCACCAUUUUCGUACGAUGCCCAGCGUAUUUCCACUGCUCCAUCGUCGGUCACUGAUGAGCAGGGUUUCCAAUCGUUGUUACUUGGAGAACCUGGCCCUGAAUUGAGAUAUUCUGUCGAUGAUGUUCCAUCACUGACUAGCAGUAACUCAACCAUGACCCGAGAUAGUGGACAUCUUGGUGCUUAUAAUCCCCAAUUCCGGGAGGGCCAGCGCUCAGCCUCAGUCUCAUCUGCUGCUGCAACACGAAAGCGAUCGAGUAUGGCCAGUUUGUCCCGCUUGAUCAGCAGUUCUCAUGGCGAGAAGAGUAAGCUCUCCAUUGAGUCUCGAGCACCAAGUCCUGUUGAUAUUGAAAAGAAGGAGAAGGGACACACGAGCAGACGCAUCAGUCGCAUGAUGCAGUUUUGGAAGCCGAAGGAAUCUUCUGGUUGA